GACUUCACGCCGCAACAUCUGGACGCUUUCAUUGAAGAAAACACAUUUUGAGCUUAAUGGCAGUUAGAUACAGUAAUUCAGUUCAGUUCAAAACUGUACUUAUUUUAUAUAAACCAAUACGAAUAUAACUCUUGACCCUCUUUAUACUAUGUUUAAGAGGAUGGCUGAAUUUGGUCCAGAUUCAGGGGGACGAGUGAAGGUGGCUACAGGAGUGACUCUCGUGAAACCCAUCGUGUUUGGAAACGUUGCGCGAUAUUUUGGCAAGAAAAGAGAAGAAGAUGGUCACACUCAUCAGUGGACAGUUUAUGUGAAGCCCUACAGAAAUGAGGACAUGUCUGCUUAUGUCAAAAAAAUACAGUUCAAAUUGCAUGAAAGUUAUGGGAACCCUUUAAGAGUGGUUACAAAGCCACCGUAUGAGAUCACAGAGACUGGAUGGGGAGAAUUUGAGAUCAUCAUAAAAAUCUUCUUCAUCGAUCCAAAUGAGAGACCGGUCACCUUGUAUCAUCUUCUGAAGCUGUUCCAGUCAGACUCCAGUGCCAUGCCAAAGAAGACCGUUGUAUCUGAGUUCUACGACGAGAUGAUAUUUCAAGAUCCUACAGCCAUGAUGCAACAGCUUCUAAACACCACCAGACAGCUGACAUUAGGCGCUUACAAACACGAGACAGAGUUUGCAGAGUUGGAAUUGCGAACACGAGAAAAACUGGAGGCAGCGAAGAAGAAGACGAGUCUGGAGAUCACAGAGCUGAAGGAGCGAUUGAAAGCUUCCAGAGAAAACAUCAACUUUCUGAAGGGAGAGAUACGGAGACUGGAGGAGGACGACCAGAUGAAAGAGCACUGAGGACUUUCACAACAUCAAAUGUGUCUGUCCCGUAGCGUAACUGUGGACAUAAUGAAGAAAGACUGAACCGUCGCGCUUGACAUUUGCGGGAUUUGCUUUAUAAGAGAAAACAUUUGCUGGAUGGAUCGUUUCAGUUUUGAAUGUGUAUGUCAUAACAUGGGAUGGCCUUUUUUAACCACAAACACAAACUCUGAGUAUUCAUUGAGACUUUGAGUUCACAUCUACUUGACAAAAGUGCAUUUUUGUAUGAAUAAAACAUUUUCUUUCUUACAAAAUUUGUUUUUGUAACUUUUAUUUUUCCAGUUGAAUUUUUCCUUA